AUGAAGACAUUUAUCGUGCUUUGCAGUGUAAUUUCGAUAGUUUAUUGCAAAAGUUUGGCGCCACAUUCUAACGGCCGCUUCCGUUGUAUCAAUAUGUGGGAUGAAGGAUGCACUAACAGACCAAUCGUUGGAGCUGGAAAUGAUGACGGUUUUCUUGGUGGCAACUUUAAUCCGGGGAAACGAUGCAUAAAUAUGUGGGACGAAGGAUGCACGAACAGACCAAUCUUGGGAGCUGGUAAUGAUGAUAGCUUUCUUGGUGGCAACUUUAAUCCUGGAAAACGAUGCAUAAAUAUGUGGGACGAAGGAUGCACCAACAGACCAAUCUUGGGAGCUGGAAAUGAUGACAGCUUUCUUGGUGGCAACUUUAAUCCUGCGGAUCCGGUAACAUCAAUGACUUUUUAA